UGUUUUUUUAGUGUAUUUCCGGACGCCAAGUCUGCACAGCUGCCGCCGAAUUUAAAGAGACAGGGGAGGUAGUUGUUUAAUUUUAAUUUUAAACCUUUGUCUUGAACCUCGUUUGCUAUUGCUCUUUAUGGGAUUGAUCUACAUGUAGCGACAGGAUUACUAGCUAGCUCCUAAAUGAAAGGAUGUUUUUUUUAGACUAAAAGUCACCUCGCACACACUAAUUUCCCCUCAUCUCUCGGCCCCCAGCUAACGUUAGCUAGCAAGCUGGCUAGCUAGCUUGCUAGCUUGGUACACGGAGACCAAGAUUUCUUUCAACUAGCAAAUCUGGGACAGCGGACAAUGGCGAAAAUUCAGGCGCACGGUAACAUGAAACAAAUAAGCCAAAUGCAAGACAAGGCGUACGUCGUGCAGAAACAAGUGCAACAGCAACACUUUCAAAAACUGAAGGUAGAAGAUGCUUUAUCGUACCUAGAUCAGGUGAAAAUACGCUUUGGGAAUGACCCUGGGAUAUACAACAAAUUCCUGGACAUUAUGAAAGAAUUCAAGUCGCAAAGCAUUGACACGCCUGGGGUCAUAAAUCGAGUAUCCCAGCUGUUCCAUGGUCAUCCGGACCUGGUCUUGGGCUUCAAUGCCUUUCUGCCCCCUGGAUACCGGAUAGAGAUCCCCAAAAAUGGGGUGGUGUCCCUCCAGUCACCACUGUCUGCCCAGGUCUCCCCUGGCCAGGCCAGGAACGUGGCAACUGUUGCUGUGGGCGUGGCUGGGGGAGUCUCCGCCUCUCCUCCAGCAGGGGCCGGCUGCACUCAGGAUGAGGCCGUGGCCUCGCUGGACUCCACCCCCUCGUCCUCCGGUGUCCCCGAGCCUCCCAAUAGGCUGUCCUUGGCCCUGCCUGGCCAGGAUGGACAGCCCGCGCCCCUCCCUUCCUCCUCGUCCCCGCUCUGCUCGGAGCCCAGUCCCGUGGAGUUUGACAGCGCGAUCAGCUACGUCAACAAGAUCAAAAACCGCUUCCUGGACCAUCCAGAGAUUUACAGAUCCUUCCUGGAGAUAUUGCACACCUACCAGAAAGAACAACUGGAGAUGAAGGAAACGCGGGGUCGUGGAGGAGGGGGUAUGACCGAGGACGAGGUCUUCUCUAAGGUGGCGAGCCUUUUCAAGGGCCAGGAGGACCUGCUGGCCGAAUUCGGACAGUUUUUACCAGACGCCAAGAGAUCACUGUUCACGGGCAGUUCACUAACGGGGAAAGACCACCUGAAGAAGAUGGAAGAUGAUGACUUGGCCAAACAGAGCAAGAAGAGGUCUAGGCCUAUGCUGCUGCCUCACAUGACCCCACUUCUGAAGAAAAAAAUGAAGCUGUCAUGUUCCAAAGACCAGUCCUUUGCUUCUGUCGGAAAGCAUGGAGUUUUACGGGAGUUCACAUUUUUUGACAAGGUUCGGCGUUUAUUCAAGAGCCAGGAGGUUUAUGAGAACUUCCUGCGCUGCAUUGCCCUCUUCAACCAGGAAGUGGUGUCGGGCGCAGAGCUGCUGCAGCUGGUCACGCCAUUCCUGGGGAAGUUUCCAGAGCUGUACACCCAGUUCAAGUCAUUUCUUGGGGACAAAGAGCUCUCUCACUCUUUAUCUGGGCUGUCGGACCGCUACAUGGAGGGUGCAGGUCGGGAGAUCGAUUACGCCUCAUGCAAGCGUCUGGGCUCCAGCUACAGGGCACUGCCCAAGACCUACCAGCAGCCCAAAUGUAGUGGACGCACUGCCAUCUGCAAGGAGGUGCUGAACGACACGUGGGUGUCGUUUCCGUCAUGGUCCGAGGACUCCACCUUCGUCAGCUCCAAGAAGACGCCGUACGAGGAACAGCUACACCGCUGCGAGGACGAGAGGUUCGAGCUCGACGUGGUUCUGGAGACCAACCUGGCCACGAUCCGGGUGCUGGAGAGCGUGCAGAAGAAGCUGUCACGCCUGUCCCCGGAGGACCAGGACCGCUUCCGGCUGGACGACUGCCUGGGCGGCACCUCUGAGGUCAUCCAGCGUCGCGCCGUCUACCGUAUCUACGGCGACAAGGCACCUGAGGUCAUUGAGGGACUGAAGCGGAACCCCAUCACCGCCGUGCCGCUGGUGCUGAAGAGGCUGAAGGCCAAGGAGGAGGAGUGGCGGGAGGCCCAGCAGGGCUUCAACAAGAUCUGGCGGGAACAAUAUGAGAAGGCCUACCUCAAAUCCCUGGACCACCAGGGCGUCAACUUCAAGCAGAACGACAUCAAGGCUCUGCGGUCCAAGAGCCUGCUCAAUGAGAUCGAGAGCGUCUACGACGAGCGGCAGGAGCAGAGCACCGAGGAGGGGGGCGUGGGGCAGCAGGGUCGCGAUGGCGGGGCCUCGGCCGCGGUCAUCAGCGAGCCCCACAUGAUCUUCACCUACGACGACAAGCAGAUCCUGGAGGACGCAGCCUCAUUGAUCAUCUACCACGUCAAGCGCCAGCCCACCAUCCACAAGGACGACAAGGACCACAUCAAGCGCAUCGUGCAGCACUUCGUCCCCGACCUCUUCUUCGCCCGGCGCGGCGAGCUGAGCGAGACUGAGGACUGGACAGACGAGGAGGCCGACACCGAGGAGGGAGGUGGGGGAGCAGGCGGAGGAGGUGCCGGAGGGCCCGGUCCAGGAGGUGCAGCAGGAGGCCCACAGCUCAACGGAGAGUCCAGGAGGAGGCGCUGCGUCUCGCCUCACAAUGCAGAGCCCAGCCCCCCGGGCAGCCUGGCGCUUGGCGGGGGCGGGGAGAAGCUUGACCUGCGUGACCCUGAGGCGGAGCACCAGAAGGAGCUAGACGACGUCUACAACCUCUUCUUCCUGAACAACAACUGGUACUUCUUCCUGCGGCUGCACCAGACUCUGUGCGCGCGGCUGCUGCGGGUCUACCGCCAGGCGGAGAGGCAGCUGCUGGAGCGGCGGGCGGAGCAGGACCGCGAGAGGGUCCUCCAGGCUGAGGGCCGGAGGGACAAAGCCAGCGACCUGGCUAUGGAGCUACGACUCAAACAGCCCAGUGAGGUUGAGCUGGAGGAGUACUACCCAGCGUUCCUGGACAUGGUUCGCAACCUCCUGGACGGGAACCUGGACUCCACGCAGUACGAGGACACACUGCGAGAGAUGUUCACCAUCCAUGCCUACAUUGGCUUCACCAUCGACAAGCUCAUCCAAAACAUCAUCAGACAGCUGCAGCACCUGGUCAGCGACGAGGUGUGCCUGCAGGUGGCGGAGCUGUACCUGGCCGAGCGCAAGAGGGGAGCAGCCGGGGGGAACCUGUCCUCGCAGUGUGUGCGAGCCGCCUGGGAGACCAGCUAUCAGUGGAAGGCCGAGAGGGUCAUGGCCGACGAGAACUGCUUCAAGGUGAUGUUCAUCCAGAGGAAAGGUCAGGUGACUAUGACAAUCGAACUGCUGGACACUGAGGAAGCACAAGCCGAUGAUCCGCUGGACGUCCAGUACCUGUCCAGUUACAUUGAACAGUUUGUUGGGACAGAGUCGGCGCUGUGCGCUCAGUCAGAGGGCUUCUGCUUCAAACCAGUCUUCCUGCCCAGGAACCUGCGGCGUUUUCGGCGCUGGCAGCUACGGCAGAUGGAAGCCAUGCGCUGUCGCCGGGAGUGGCGUCGGCAGCUCGGAGUGGAGACGGCCGGCAGCCUGGACUGUCGCUUCAAGCUGCACUCCCAUAAGAUGGUGUUUGUCAUGAACUCUGAGGACUACAUGUACCGCCGGGGGGCCCUCGUAAAAGCCAGGAAGGCUCAGCACGGCGUGGCGCGAGCGCAGCACGAUCGCUUCGACCGGUGGCACCAGGGCUGGCUGUCUGAGCAUGUGCCCCCCUCUGCCGAGCGUGCCGUGCAGGACUGGCUCAUGGGCGAGGAGGAGGAAGACAUGAUCCCCUGUAAGACCACCUGCCUGGUGAGGCAGGUCAACGGUUUACCUGUCAACAGGUACCAGGUCCGCUACAGCAGCAAGCCCCCUGCCUCGCCCUGAACACCACCACCACCCACACCCACCCCACCCCACCCUCCUCAUACACGUACAGACAAGUGCGCGCACACAAAACCGACACACAGACACACACGCACAAGACUGGACUAGGAGAAACUGGUGUGGAGAGGCGCGGCCAAAGCGGAGACGCAGAGCCGGACCGGGAGUGAAACUCAGAAGGAAGGCAAAAGCUCCAGCUUUCAGGAAGUCCUCAUCUUCUGCCCCACCGCUACUCUCAUCUCUUCGGAAAAAUCGACCUGCGAACAGCCGCACAAAAAACUCAUUCAGUUUGUUCGAGGAAUGUGAAGAAUCUUUUUAAAUGUAGUUUUUAGCUUCACGAGCCUGAGUGUGUGUUGUUUAUAUUUGUAUAUGUUUCUACUGGAAGAGACUGAUAAGAUGAAAGAGUACAGCUGGUGUUUGUACAGGAUACUAAUUCAAGCAUACUUAUAUAAAUAUAUGUAUACAUGCAUAUAUACAGUAUAGAUACAUGAGGAAAUAACGUGAUACUGUGGCAUUUUUGCUGGCAGCCAGUUCCUUAAUACAUCCAUUACUUUGUUUUCCUUGUAACUAAAUGAUCAUAUCCCCAGGCUGUGUCCAUCAUGUGACAACUUUUCAAGACAUUUGUUUGUACUUCAGCUGUGUUAAACCAACAAAUUAUGUACAUCAGUGAUUUCACCAGGUCCUGCUUGAAGGAUGCUGUCAUUUUUACACAUUAAAGCUGAAAAUGAACAAAAAAAUCAGUGGUGGAAAAGAAUGUAAACCAUUUCCUUACCCUGUUGAAGUUUAUCAUGAAAUAAACCACAUAGUUGUAAACUUCUAAACAA